GAAGGAAGGAGACUUUUUGAGUCAAAGCAAAGGAGUUUUGCAGACACUCUCUGCUCGUCACUUCAAGAAUGACUUCCGAAGCUUCCCACACACACUGCUCUUCUGAGUCCUGUGCCAGAGCCUCUGGCUGUGCACCUGCUUCCGCCCACUCCCUGGAAAGGACUUGUCUCCCCAGUGACGGCUCUGCAGGCAGAUGUCGGAGCCCCGGCUUCCUCUCCAGGUCUUGCUUGUCCACCCGUUGCCUCACGCCAUGCUACUUGGUUGGGAGUUGUGACAGUCCAUGCUUGGCAGGGAGCUGCGCGUGGUGUGAGGAUGGGAUGCUCAACAGCAACGAGAAAGAGACCAUGCAGCUCCUGAAUGACAGACUCGCCAGCUAUCUGGAGAAGGUGCGCAGCCUGGAGGAGACCAACGCCGAGCUGGAGUGCAAGAUCCGAGAACAGUGUCAAGAGAGUAUCCCACUGCCGUGCCCUGACUGUCAGUGCUACUUCAACAUCAUUGAAGAUCUCCAGCAAAAGAUCUUGUGCACGAAAGCAGAGAAUUCUAGACUUGCUGUACAGCUCGACAACUGCAAACUGGCUGCUGAGGACUUUCGGACAAAGUACGACAGUGAACUGUCCCUGCGUCAGCUGGUGGAGAAUGACAUCAGUGGCCUGCGUGGGAUCCUGGGUGAGCUGACCCUGUGCAAAUCUGAUCUGGAAGCCCAAGUGGAGUCUCUGAAGGAUGAUCUCCUUUGCCUUAAGAAAAGCCAUAAAGAGGAGGUCAACUUGCUCCAUGGCCAGCUCGGUGACCGACUCAGUGUGGAGCUGGACACCGCCCCCACCAUCGACCUCAACGAGGUCCUGGAUGAGAUGCGCUGUCAGUAUGAGACGUUGCUCGCCAACAACCGCAGAGACGUGGAGGAGUGGUUCGCUGCUCAGACAGAGGAGCUGAAUCAGCAGCAGCUGUCCAGUGCAGAGCAGCUGCAGGGCUGCCAGACGGAGAUGCUGGAGCUGAAACGCACAGCCAACACGCUGGAAAUUGAACUUCAGGCACAGCAAAGCCUGAUAGAAUCCCUGGAAUGCACUGUGGCAGAAACCGAGGCCCAGUACGGCACCCAGCUGGCCCAGAUGCAAUGCCUGAUUGAUAAUGUGGAGAACCAGCUGGCUGAGAUCCGCUGCGACCUGGAGCGGCAGAACCAGGAGUACCAGGUGCUGCUGGACACCAAGGCCCGGCUGGAGUCAGAGAUCAGCACGUACCGGGGCCUGCUGGACAGUGAGGACUGCAGGCUUUCCUGUAAUCCCUGUUCUACAGCGUGCACAUCAAACAGCACUUGUGAGCCAUGCUCAGCCUACGUUCUCUGCACAAUUGAAAACUGCCACUUGUGAUCCUUAAACACUCAGCAUGUCAGGGGGAGAAACCAGGCCAGGAGACGGGCUUCAAUGACGGACGUCAAAACCAGAAACGCAACUCUGGAGGGCUUGUAGAGCUUCAAUUGUCCUCCAAGUAUCCUUAGAUAUUUCUGCUUUAUCAUUUUCUCUCCUUUCAGCUCAUUUUGGUAUUCUAGGAGCCAGUAGAGCUUUCUUGCAAAUCUCCAAAUACAAUGUGUUUCAUUGCUUUAGCAUGGUAAAUACAGCUCUGUGACUUCUUGUUCUUAAUAUAAAAGCCGCCUGAUGGCAAAGCAGUUGUUUAAACCCAUGACCAUAGUUUGAAUUUGCAAAUAUUCUCUAACUCCUCAAAUACAAAUACAUUAAAUCCAUGCAAAAUGUCACCUACCAUGGAAGAUACUUGUAUGCAUCUUUUUGAGAGAAAACUUAUAAAUAAAGUAUAAUAAACUGGGAAAGGCAUUUGGUGCAAUUGUUACAACUCUACUUGUGACACCCACAUCACAUAUCCAAGUGUCUGGGUCCAAGUUCCAGGUCUGACACUAAUUCCGGUUUCCUACUAAAGUGCACACUGGGAGGCAGCAGUGGGUAUUCAAGUGUUUGGUCUCUGUUGUCGCUAUGGGAAACUGGAUUGAGUUCCCAGCUCCCAGCACUUGGGGAAUGAGCCAGCAAAUGACAUACCUGCUCAUUCACUGUCUGUCUCUCUCUCUUAAAUA